CGUGCAUUGCUAGUUUCCUCCCGCCAUUAAUUUCUUCCAGCAAUUUCCUGCUGGUUCGACCCAUUUAAGGUCACCACUUUGCUCCAUCUCUCAGACUCCAAUCUCUCUCUCCUAUUGGACGGACGGUCAGAGUCAGACCCCUUUGCCUUAGCCCGUAAGGUUACGUGGACAUUGUGGUUUUCCUUGGCCUGCCCUUCUUGGCGCAUUGUUUCGUCCGUCUCGAUAGUCGACAGUCUGAAGCUCUCUUGGGACUGACUUGGGAGGUGAGGUGAGACGGCGCGGCAGCAAUGGCUCACCGGCUGCUGCACGGCACCCUCCACGCCACCAUCCUGGAGGCCGACAACCUCACCAACCCCGACCGCGCCACCGGCGGCGCCCCCCAGAUCUUCCGCAGGUUCGUGGAGGGGUUCGAGGAGACGAUCGGGCGCGGCAAGGGGUCGACGCAGCUGUACGCGACCGUCGACCUCGGCAAGGCGCGCGUCGGCCGGACGCGGGUUAUCGCCGGCGACCCGGUGAACCCGCGCUGGUACGAGGAAUUCCACAUCUACUGCGCCCACUUCGCCGCCGACGUCGUCUUCACCGUCAAGGCCGCGCAGCCCAUCGGCGCCACGCUCAUCGGCCGCGCCUACCUCCCCGUCCGGGAGCUGCUCGACGCCGGCGGCCGGGAGAUCGAGCGCCGGCUCGACGUCCUCGACCCGAGCAAGAAGAAGAUCCACCACGGGCCCACGAUACACGUGCGGCUCAGGUUCUGCGACGUCGCCGCCAAUCCCCGCGAGUGGGGCGCGGGCCUCGGCGGCGCGCGGCACCCCGGCGUGCCGUACACCUUCUUCUCCCAGCGGCCCGGGUGCAGGGUCACCCUGUACCAGGACGCGCACACCCCGGACGCGUUCGCGCCCAGGAUCCCGCUCUCCGGCGGCCGGACCUACCAGCAGGGCCGGUGCUGGGAGGACGUGUUCGACGCCAUCAGUGACGCGCGCCACCUGAUAUACGUCACCGGCUGGUCGGUGUACACCGAGAUCACGCUGAUACGGGACGGCUCCCGGCCGCGCCCCGGCGGCGACGCCACCCUCGGCGAGCUCCUCAAGCGCAAGGCCAGCGAGGGCGUGCGCGUGCUCAUGCUGGUCUGGGAUGACCGCACCUCCGUCGAGUCCCUCGGCAUGACAUGGGGGUAUAUGGGGACGCAUGACGCCGAGACGGCGGAGUACUUCCGCGGCACCGACGUGCAGUGCGUGCUCUGCCCGCGGAACCCCGACAUCGGCAGAAGCGCCGUCAUGGGCUUGCAGACUGCCUACAUGAUCAGCCAUCACCAGAAGAUCAUCGCGGUCGACCACGACAUGCCGGUGAGGGGCAGCUUGAGCCGCCGCCGCAUCGUCAGCUUCGUCGGCGGCCUCGACCUCUGCGACGGUCGCUACGACACGCAGUUCCACUCCCUGUUCAGGACGAUGGACACGGCGCACCACAAGGACUUCCACCAACCCAACUUUGUCGACACGUCCAUCACCAAGGGCGGGCCGAGGGAGCCAUGGCACGACAUCCAUGCCAAGAUCGAAGGUCCGGCCGCGUGGGACAUCCUCUACAACUUCGAGCAGAGGUGGAGGAAGCAAGGUGGUGACAAUGACCUCCUCGUCGAUCUGAGAGCCUUGGCGAACCUGAUCAUACCGCCGUCGACCGUGACAUUCCCCGAUGACCAGGAGGCGUGGAAUGUGCAGGUGUUCCGGUCCAUUGACGGCGGUGCGAGCUUCGGCUUUCCUAACACCCCUGAGCAAGCUGCUCGAUCCGGCCUCGUCAGUGGCAAGAACAACACCCUUGACAGGAGCAUCCAGGAUGCCUACAUCCACGCGAUACGUCGCGCACAGCACUUCAUCUACAUCGAGAAUCAGUAUUUCCUUGGCAGUUCAUUCGCGUGGAAGGCCGACGACAUAAGACCGGAGGAAAUCGAGGCAUUGCAUCUGAUUCCCAGAGAGCUUUCACUGAAGAUUGUGAGCAAGAUUGAGGCUGGUGAGCAUUUCGUGGUCUAUGUGGUGGUGCCAAUGUGGCCGGAAGGUGCUCCUGAAGGUGGAUCUGUGCAGGCAAUAUUAGAUUGGCAGAGAAGGACGAUGGACAUGAUGUACUAUGACAUUUCCAUCGCACUUAAGGCGAAGGGGAUCGACGCAAGCCCCAAGGAUUACCUCACCUUCUUUUGCUUAGGGAACAGGGAAGCGAAGAGGAGCGGAGAGUAUGAACCUGCUGAUCAUCCAUUGCCUGGGUCAGGCUAUGAAAAGGCACAGAACGCUCGGCGGUUCAUGAUCUAUGUUCACUCCAAGAUGAUGAUAGGACAUGCCUCGUGUGGUCGAAGUCCAAUUUGUCUUCACAUUUAGUCUGCUUGAUUUCCAGUUGACGACGAGUACAUCAUCGUCGGAUCAGCCAACAUCAACCAGCGGUCGAUGGACGGGGGGAGGGACUCGGAGAUUGCCAUGGGCGCAUUCCAACCACACCACCUGAACACCAAAGGGCAGGUUGCCAGAGGGCAGGUCCAUGGCUUCCGGAUGUCGCUGUGGUAUGAGCACCUCGGCAUGCUGCACAACGACUUCCUCAACCCGGGAAGCCGGGAGUGCGUCCAGAGGGUGAACAAGAUGGCUGACAAGUACUGGGACCUCUAUGCCAGCGACGAGCUGAACGACGACCUCCCCGGGCACCUUCUCACCUACCCGGUUGCCGUGACGAAGGAAGGCACGGUGGUGGAGCUGCCUGGUGCGAGGUGCUUCCCCGACACGGCGGCUCCGGUGCUCGGAAUCAAAUCCAAACACCUGCCCCCUAUUCUCACCACAUAGGGUGCGUUUACAGAGUUGCAACCCCAGCAAUGCGAUGCUGCUUCUAGAUAUAUGAUGCAUUUUCAGCGAUGUAAACUUGUUCUAUUGGUGCUACCUCUAUAUGAUGGUUCUAGUUAGAAUCUAUAGUUGAUCAUCUUGCCUAAA